GGAGGCACCAGCGUCAGUGCUAACAACAGCUGCCACUGCAGGGACCACCUCCCAUGGUACCCAUGAUCGCACGCGUGUGGGGCGGCGCGGGGGCGGACGCCGAGUGGACGGACGUGCCGGUGACGCCGCUGACCACGUGCCGGGACCUGGUGGACUGCUGCCGGGACCCCGGCGACGAGCCCUGCACGCUGGUCCAGGUGUCGGCGGGGCACGAGCGGGCGCUGUCGGACUCGGAGCGCCCCCUGGAGGUGCUGCAGCAGUGGCGCGGCCGCGGGCCGGUCAGGCUCGUGCUGCGCUACACGGUCGACCACGACCUCCACCUGGACAACCAGAGGCGGCUCAGCCCCCACACGCCCCUCCCGUCGCAAGAAGGUGUCCAGCCUUCGAGAAAUGGAAUGAAGGAGCCGGGACCCUUCGCUGACACGGUAAGCAGACCAGUUUCCUUUCCAUGUCACUCCAGCUGGCGAGCAUCACGUAAGUCCAAACCGCUUUGCAUGUGCCAGAGUCAAAGGUGGUCGCAACAGGCCACGCGCCGGCUGAGCGAUGGGCAGAGGAAAUGCAGAACUGUCGUCGACGCCGGCAGCGGAGAGACGGGGCGCCAGCAGUACGACGCGCCGUGGCGCGCAGCAGCCAGCCCCGCGUGGCCGGAUUCCUGCGGCUCGCAAUCUCCUGCCGAGAGCCGCGCCGCGCCGCGCCUCCACCCACCCCCACAUUCCGACGACACGGGGUUCCUCGCCCCAUUCCGACACCCGGCUGCGCGCCGCACCAGCCCUGUCUCGCCUUUCUAA